AUAAUUCUGUGGAAUAGCCCUCCGAAAUUGCAAGCUAGGGUUUCCAAUUCCGUUUUCCUAUCUCCCCCGUUCCUUCGCUGUUUUCACCCAAUCUUCACAAAACUCCUUUGCCGCAAUGAAGAGUAGGAAGCCCAAAGAUAAGGAAAGCAGAGUGAAAAUCGACGGCGCAGAAUCGAUCAAAAUGCAAAACAAUAGGAAGAAAAAGAACAUACAGAGGUUGGGCGGGGGUGGCCUUUCGCUCGAGGCCUUUGCUAAUGCCAAAUCAACGAGCAAUUUCUACAACCCAGCUCUGAUAAAGAAGCAGCAGGAGUUCUAUAAGAAUGCAAAGUACGUGAAAAAGUAUAAAAGGUUGCUGAAGCAACAAAGUCUGAAGCAUGAUACUUCCUCAAGUAUUAACCCCCUCGAGGAUGAGAUUGAAACAGAAGAUGGAAGAAUAAUGAGGAGGAAGAACAAGAACAGCAAGAAUAACAGUAUACCCAGUUUGAAAGAAUUGUAUGAGAAGAAACAUGAACAGAAAGAGAAGGCAAGGAUUGAGAUGGAGGCUCUUAAUCAGGCAAAGAAGGAACAAAGGGAGAAAGCUGAAGCUCGGAGGAAGGCCACGAAGGAAAAGAUGUUCAAAAAGACGCGGGCAGGCCAGCCUGUUAUGAAGUAUAGAAUUGAGCAUCUGUUGGAGACUAUACAAAAUUCAACCAAAAACUAAGUUGAACUACCCGGAGUUUUUUCUUUGCCUUCUACCCCCGCCCUGCUGCCCCUUUUAUUUUCCUUGUUGUUUAUGGAUAAAUCUAGCUACUUUUGCAUUAAUGGUCAAUUGACGAAAAGAAUUGUGAUUUCAUAGAGAAGUUGGCAAUUUGUAUAUCAAUUU